GCACCGAGUGGAUCAUGUCACUCCAAGUCCCCUCAGUCCUCACCCUCACUCACAGCUCCAAGUUGCCAUCAGAUCUCCUCUCACCUCAAUUGACUCCCUCUCGUCCUCCAUUUCCUCCAUUGAAGCGCCUAGGGGAUAGCCUCCGCACAAGCUCCCAAGUGAGUGAAGACAGUAGCAGCAGCCUUCGUGUGGCAGCGAUGGGGAACAUGGGGUUAGCUGGCUGUGAAGGGGAGGAGUCGCUGGCGUCGCGGCGGCGUCAGCCGGCGCUGGCUCAGAGGAACGAUCAAGAUAGGCCGCCCAGGAGAGAACGCCUAGUCCAAUUCGACCCCGCCCGAAGCACGACGACUUCGUCGACACAGUCCCGACGCACCACGAGCCCAGUUUGCUCGUCAGCAAUGUAGAUGACAACCGUAGUUGGAUGUACAAAGAGAGAAAGGGAAAGAUGUUCACUCCGGCUUGGCAACAUGGAUUAGAUAAUUUUUUGGAUGACAACCGUAGUUGGAUGUACAAAGAGAGAAAGGGAAUCUUUUGAUGAUGCAAUGAAAAAUGCCCAUGGAGAAAACUGGGAAGAGGAGCACCCAGAAUUCGAUGCACAAAUCAUCUAUGAAGCAGCAGGCAGAAUGCCACAUGGCAGGCUGAGAAUUGCCAAUGAGUUAUUUACUAAAACAGAGAAGUCCAAGAUUAAAUCUAGAAAGGUGCCUGUCUCACAGCCGGUGCGGUCAGCUAGGGAAGACCGUUUAGAAAGAGAAAAUGACCGUUUACAGCGAGAUAACAAGCGUCUUCGAGGCAUUGAGCUGGUUGUGCGGUCUUUGGCUGAUAAAGGAGGACUAGACUAUGAUGCAAUAAUGCAAUCGGCUGCACUGGAGUUUGCCACAUCGGAUUCUGAAGUUGGACUUGAAAGAGGACGAGAUGGUGAUCGUCAACAUGAAUCUGAAAAGGGAAUGGGAAAUAAUACCAGAGGAAGUCCUAGUAAUGAGAAGGAUCGUGGUCCUAAUAAUGACGAUAAUUCGGGUGACGACUAUGACAAUGAGGGUGAUGGCGAUGACUAUGGUUUUGGCGAGGAUGAUGAUGAUGGCUAUGGUGAUGAUUAUUAUGGCACAUAUGGCAAUGGGUAUGAUGAUAGCUACGAUGAAGAUUGUUGAUGAGUCUAAUCAGCUGAGCCAUGCAACAAAGCACAUUUCUCUAGUGUGUCUACAAUUUAGCUUAUGCAGAAUGUUUGGACCAUUAUAUUUUACUUACUUUUGAAUUCAAACUUUUCUAGAUGGAUCAUAUGCUUUGUGAGGUUAUUCUAAAUACAAAUACAAUGUAGGUUCUUUGGUCGUGUCUGGUUGUUAAUUAUAAGAUAUCUUUUAAAUGCUAGUAUUCUGAA